AUGGACUUAGGAAAUCUUGGGAAGGUUAUGACUCUUCCACAAUUCGGAGGACUUCCUCAAUGGGCUGUUGUUGGUGACACAUUCCCUGUUGGGUGUGCGUUUGAUGAAUCUAACGUACACCACAAGUAUUUUCUGGAAAACCCUGAUUUUCACAACAAGGCCUACAACACCAAAACUGGGAUUUACAGUCAAGGAUGUGGACUAAACAACGUCAUGAUGUCAUGGGGUCAUGACGACUACAUGUACAUGGUGGCUAAAGAGAAUGGAAGCACUUUGCCGUCCGCAGGACAAUUUAUCAUACGAUACCAUUCCUUUUACCCAUUGCACACGGCUGGAGAAUACGCCCAUCUUAUGAACGAGGAAGACAAGGAGAACCUCAAGUGGCUGCACGUUUUCAACAAGUACAACCUUCAUAGCAAAAGCAAGGUUCAGAUUAAUAUUGAGAAAGUGAAGCCUUAUUACAUGUCUCUUAUUGAGAAGUAUUUUCCGGAGAACUUGAGGUGGUGA